AUGAGUCAGACAAAUCAGACACAGGUGACAGAAUUCUUCCUUCUGGGGCUCUCUGACAACCCGCACACCCAGCAGCUGCUAUUCAUCUUAUUCCUGGGUGUCUAUCUGGCCACUGUGCUUGGAAAUGUGCUUCUCCUGACACUUGUUCAGGUUGACUCCCUGCUUCACACACCCAUGUAUUUUUUUCUCUGCAAUUUAUCUCUGGCGGACCUCUGUUUCUCUACCAACAUCGUUCCUCAGGCCCUAGUCCACCUGCUAUCCAGGAAAAAAGUCAUUUCAUUCACACGUUGUGCAGCUCAGCUUCUACUCUUCUUUAUUUUUGGGUGUACACAGUGUGCCCUUCUGGCAGUGAUGUCCUGGGACCGGUAUGUGGCCAUCUGUAACCCUUUGCAUUACCCCAGCAUCAUGACUUGGAAGAUGUGUGUCCAGUUGGCUGUGGGAUCAUGGGCCAGUGGCAUUCUGGUAUCUGUGGUGGAUGCCACCUUCACCCUAAGACUACCCUACAGAGGCAGCAAUAGUAUUGCUCAUUUCUUUUGUGAGGCACCUGCCCUGUUGAUCCUGGCAUCCACAGAUACCUGGACUUCAGAGAUGGCCAUUUUCCUCAUGGGGGUUGUGAUUCUCCUCACCCCUGUCUCCCUAAUUCUGGUAUCCUACGGCCACAUCAUAGUGACUGUGGUCAGGAUAAAGUCAGCUGCAGGGCGGCUCAAGGCAUUCUCUACUUGUGGCUCCCACCUCACAGUGGUCAUCCUUUUUUAUGGAUCAGCAAUUGUCACUUACAUGACACCAAAGUCUUCCAAAGAACAGGAAAAACUGGUGUCUGUGUUCUACACCAUGGUCACCCCCAUGCUUAAUCCCCUCAUCUACAGCCUGCGGAACAAGGACAUGAAGGGAGCUCUGAGGAAAAUGAUCACAAGGAGUCUCCCACACAGGCUUGGAGUUUGCCACUGGCAGUGA